GUCCAACGGAUGAGGAGAUCAACGAGAUCUUCCUGAAGCGUUACAAGAUGUCCAAAGAGGAGCUCCAGGGCAUGGCAGAUAAGAUGGGCAUUCAACUCAACAAUCUCUGCUACCUCAAGCAGGAGUUCGAUGCCUACGACGAAGACCGGAGUGGCUACAUUGACGUCAAGGAGCUGAAGGGCCUUCUAGAGAAGCUCGGGGAAGAGCUAAGCGAGGAGGAGUUGGAUCAGGCCUUCCGCGAGCUCGAUAGCGAUGGGAGUGGCGAGAUUGAGUUCUUUGAGUUUGUGGAAUGGUUCACAUCUGAGGACUGA